AGUGAGGCUAAUGUGGUGAGACGCGACCAGCGAGCCUCUGUCAGCUCGGUGCGCAUCAUGCCCUGCAGAUCUUAGCGCUUUGUGUUUUACCGUCGGAUGUCCAAAUAUUUUAUUUUGAAGUUCUCACGGAAGUUACAGCUAUUUUUCGGUCACAUUGACACCGUCGCCGUUCUAAACGUCGACAACGAGCAAGACAACAACAAGACACGCACGAGACCUCCAACCAGCGGGAAGCUUGUCUCCCUGUGUUCAGAGAUUGACUGAAGUUCUGCCAUGCCUGUGGCCUCCACCAGGACAGAGCCUGCUCCCCAGGUGUUGGACGCAAUGAGCGACAGCACCACCAGCUCCACCAUCGCCAACGACCUUGACCUCAUCUACCUCAAAGGCAUUAUGGAAAGCCCUUUGGAGCAGGAGGAGAGCCCCAAGGAGCCGCGGCUGUCGCCAGUGAGGGAGAACAACGUGGAGCUCCUGCAGGAGAUCCUCAGGGAUCUGGACCCGUUCACGCAGCGCUCCGACACCGCCGCUGAGCUGGCCCGCAUACUCACACAGCCUCACUUCCAGUCUUUACUGGAGACUCAUGAUUCAGUGGCCUCCCAGGCAUGCGAGAGCCAGCCUCCCAGCCCGUGUGACUGUGUUGAUCAUGAACAGGAAGACAGCCAGACGACCAACCCGGCCCUGCCCUCUGAUGCCAUACGCAUGGUUGGGAUACGCAAAGUAGCUGGGGAACAUCUGGGUGUGACGUUCAAAGUGGAAGGUGGAGAGCUGGUGAUCGCCCGCAUCCUCCACGGAGGGAUUAUAGACCAGCAAGGCCUCCUGCAUGUUGGAGACAUCAUCAAAGAGGUGAACGGGCGAGAUGUGAGCCAGGACCCCAGGGUGCUGCUGGAGGAGCUGCAAGCAGCCAGUGGCAUUGUGGUUCUGAAGAUCCUGCCCAGCUACCAUGAGACCAUUCCACCAAGACAGGUGUUUUUCAAGUGUCACUAUGACUAUGACCCAGCCAAUGACACCCUGAUUCCUUGUAAGGAAGCAGGCUUAAGGUUUGAGACAGGAGACAUCCUUCAGAUAGUCAACCAAGAUGAUGUCAACUGGUGGCAGGCCCGACAUGUGGAGGGUGGAAGUGCAGGGCUGAUUCCCAGUCAGAUGUUGGAGGAGAAAAGAAAAGCUUUUGUGAAGAAGGACGUGGAGUUGGCACCUGCAGGAAAUCUUUGCACUGGUCUUGGAGUGAAGAAGAAGAAGAAGAUGAUGUAUGUGACCACAAAAAAUGCAGAGUUUGACAGACAUGAAAUCCUGCUGUAUGAGGAGGUGGCCAAGGUUCCACCAUUCAAAAGAAAAACUCUGGUUUUAAUUGGAGCUCAGGGGGUUGGGAGGCGGAGACUAAAGGCCAAGCUGCUGCUGCGGGACCCGCAGCUCUUCGGCACCACCAUCCCAUACACCUCCAGGAAGCCUAAAAAGGGAGAACGUGAGAGUCGGAUGUACGCUUUCACAAGUCGCAACAAGAUGGAGGCUGACAUCAAGAAUGGCCGUUAUCUUGAAUAUGGAGAAUAUGAAGGCAACUUGUAUGGUUUAAAGAUUGACUCCAUCCACGAGGUGGUUGAGGCGGGACGAGUCUGCAUCCUGGAUGCCAACCCACAGUCUCUCAAAGUGCUGCGGACGUCGGAGUUCUUGCCCUACGUGGUUUUCCUGCAGUCUCCUGAUUUUGAGGUGCUCAAGGCGAUGAAUCACUCGGCUGUAGAGGCCGGGGUGGUCACAAAGGCCCUGACAGACGAAGAGCUGCAGAGGACAUGUGACGAGAGUGCUAAAAUCCAGGCUGCCUUUGGUCACUUCUUCGACCUCACCAUCGUCAAUGAGAACCUUGAUGAGACUUAUCGCACCGUCAAAGCAGCUCUGGAAACAGUUUCCAAAAACCCACAGUGGGUCCCGGUCACGUGGGUGUUCUAAGACCUGAGAACUCUGCCCACAUGUUUCAGUUCUCAAGACUCAUGUUUUCAUCAGUUUCAACAGACAUCUGGCAUAGCAUAGAUCAGACAUCCUGGACCAAAUGCACCUGGACCACAGCAGGAACUGUGUGUGUAAAGUGUGUGUAGAAUAAACUGUCACAAUGUGAGGACUCGGCAUCCUUUGGUACCAUUCCUUUUGCAGAACUUAGUGUGUUGGAUGGUAAAGGCCCGGCUGGCUUGAGGUGCACUAAAGUCUCAAAAAGUUGUUGGAUGAUUUGAAGUCUUCUCAGUAAGACUCUGUGCAUGCACAUGCAUGCGUCUGUAACCCUGAGGACUUCAGAACUUUCUAUUUUUACAUUUUACUUGCAAACUUCAGACAUAAGCUUUACAUAUCAUAAAGGAGGUCAGACCUUUUGGAGUCAAAAUGUGCCAAGAGAUUCAUUUCAGCCA